UCAUCAAUUUAAUCUUUGCACACGCGCUAUCAUCAUCAAUUUAACAUAACAUUCUGUCGAGUGCACAAUGGUCAAAAAAUGUGGCGAGUGCGGUCGUACUUUAGUGUGCGACGAAAAUCUGAAAUUACUGCGUAUUAUUGUAAUAUGUUCAAUCUUAGGUGGCGGCACAUUGGGUGUGUUUGCCUUGCCACUCAUUGGAUUCGGUCUCGGUGGUGUUGCGGCUGGUUCGUUAGCAGCAUUGUGGCAAUCUUUGAUCGGUAACGUAGCCGCUGGAAGUUUAUUCGCGAUAUUGCAAUCACUCGGCGCUACUGGAUUAGGAUCAAUUUUGUUCGGCACAUUUGGCGCAGCCGCACCCCUUCUCGUGGGCAUUGCUGUCCGUUAUUUAAAUUGGUGCGAUGAUGAACAACAUAAAGAUCAACAUAAAGAUGAACAUAAAGAUGAAGAUAAAGAAUUAUUCUAAUAAUGAACAUUUUUUUCUAGCACGAUUGUCGCCGGAAAGCUCGCAUUCGCAGGUCAUAAUUCCCAGUGGAGAUAUUGGCUGGUUUCUCAGCCGUGAACUCCGCGUUGACAAUGGCGACAUAGCAGCUAUCAGCAGUAGGAAUAAGAACUUCUACGACUCUUACCGCAUGAUAAUGCGUGAUAUUACAUAUAAUUAACAUUAUUAAUGUAAUGUUUUAUUAUUGAAUAAUAUUAAAAAUCCUAAAAUAUAAAA